GACUUGCCGUUUAUCAAUGGAGCCGAGAGCUAGGGAUCGAUAACCGAACGGAGCCUCUUUUUCCAUGUCAAGGUUGCGGCCUCGUCAGCCUCGCGUCUCUAUUUCAUGUUUUUUUCUACUACCUACCUAACCUAACAUAAGAAUCAACAUUCUCGAUAUUCUAAUCCCGGCCAUGUCACAAUGGCGACAGCGGAUCCUUUCGAAGUUCGGAUGCGCUUCAGCUCCCAACUUGAACACCUCAAUGCGAGCACUACCGCUGCUCAGAAAGCUGCCCAGUAUGCAAUGAAGUAUAAGGAUAUGGAGGAAGACCUGCACUCAUGCAUCCUCGAGCAGCUGGAGAAGACUAGUAUGAAUACACGUGCAAACAUCAUGUACUUCCUAGAGCACUUGCUGGAGAUGGCAUCCAAGGACCGCCAAAAUCAGUACGUCCGAAUGAUGCAGAGAGAUAUCAUUCGAGUUGUGGAUGCGGUCUGUCCCGAAGAUGGAUCUGGUGCGGCCAAUGUCAAAGUUGUCCGAAGGGUGCUUCAAAGCCUAAUGAACAAGUCUAUCUUACUCGAGCAGACGGUAAUCGAGAUAGAAGGUUGCCUUAAGGAACGUGACACUUCUGUUGACCUUGGGUUUUCCUCGCCCGUUAAUGGAGAUGACGCUUCCCGUUCUCGCAAUGCCAACGGCACCGCUAAUUCUCACCGCCUCGACAAACGCCAGAUCGAGCAGCGCAUUGAAGAGGAUCGAGAACGUCAUAAGCGUAUGCGCGAGAGCAUGUGGGCUGUUCCCGGAACCAUAGAGGGAGAGGCGAUGAAGCUUCUCGAGGAGACAAGUGAGCUUGGAGAAGACGACCACAUUCUCGGCCGUGAGGAGCGGGAAGAGUUUCAGCGAGAAGUAGAGAUGAGCAAAUGUCAACACCUUCGACAAAGAGAUGCUACUACCAACGGGUCUUCGUCGCAUUAGGAUGCGUCGCCCCUCCAACUUAGCAAAUCCCAAAAAGCAGCAUGGAGACGCCGAGGAUCUAGAAGGAAGCGUCGUGGUACGAAUCGGAUACCAAAAGACUGUCUGGCGUUUUCAACUAACGAUGCAUCGCAUGGCGUUGAGGAGGACGGAAAAUCAGCAUAAAAAGGCGUUUCUGGUUAUUUUGCAUUUCUUCUAUUUUUGAAGGAUGAAGCAAUGGGUUGGUAUCGUUUUGGGGACGGGGAACAUGGUGAUUAAGUAGUAUUCCUUGUGGCAUAACUGGUUUGAAUAACUGAUUUGACCAGAGGCGACAUGCGUUUAACGAUACCAUAAUUCAAGUUAAUUACUGACAAGUUCAUUCUACACGAAAGCUACCAAAUUUUUAAUUCUCUACGUACUUCUUACUCCAUCUCUUUCGAUAUUACCGACUCAAGCUUAAACGUAUAUUCUCGCCAUAUGGGUAUAGAAUUGUAUGGUGGUUCUUGUUACUCUGUUAUGACUUUCACUGUUUUAUUAUAAAUUUGGGGUAUAAUUGGAUCAUAAACUGCUAUCGUAUUUUGUGCCCUUCGGAUUACAAGCGGCUCAUCAGCCGUCGUCUUAAUCGAAGUCUAGCUCCGAAUAACGGCAGGCGUGAAAUGGUAAAUAAAAGUUGAAUCCCUGUGGUAGCUUAUGGAACAUACAUUUAAGCGAGUAUAGACAUUCACUAGUC